UCCCGUUCCAUGCACCACACAGCUCCAUGGGAAAGAGAGUCAUUCCUAAAUAAUUCAAGAUCGUUCUCUUUCCUGUGAACAAGAUGCCGGCCGUCCACAAACUAUUCCUCGAAGAAGCUCUGCAAGACAGUCCGCAGACCCGCUCCUUGCUAAGUGUGUUUGAAGAGGAUGCAGCGGGACUCACAGACUACACCAAUCAACUGCUGCAGUCUAUGCAGAGAGUGUAUGGUGCUCAGAAUGAAAUGGUGCUGGCCACGCAGCAGCUCUCCAAGCAUCUUCUGGAGUAUGAGCAUCAGAAUUUUGCCCUUGGGAAAGGGGACGAGGAGGUAAUCAGCGUUCUGCAGCUCUUCGCAAAAUCCGUAGAAGAGGUGAACUCAUUGUACUCUGACCUAGCCACACAGAUGGCCGACAGGAUGGUGUUUCCCAUGGUCCAGUUCAGAGAGAAAGACCUAACAGAAAUAAGCACAUUGAAAGAAAUUUUUGGCAUUGCUAGUGAUGAGCAUGAGGCAUCCAUGGUCAAAUACAGCAGAUUGUCCAAAAAGAGGGAGAAUGAAAAGGUGAAGACAGAGGUGGUGAAAGAGGUGGCCUACACCAGGAGGAAACAGCACCAGGCCUCCAUGCAGUAUUACUGUGCCCUCAACGCCCUGCAGUACCGUAAGAGAGUGGCUAUGUUGGAGCCCAUGUUGGGGUACACUCAGGCCCAGAUGAACUUCUUCAAGAAAGGAAUGGAUUUGGUUUCGAAGAAGAUGGACAGCUUCCUUGCGUCUGUCUCUGACAUGACACAAAGCAUCCAGGCCCAGCUGGACUCUGAAGCUGAAGCUAUGCGGCUGUCCCAGAGGGAGCUGCUCUCUGUGGAGGACACGGUCUACAUGCCCGACUGCGACCAGGACUCUGUCAACCGCUCCCUCAUACAGAAGGCAGGCUACCUCAAUAUCAGGAACAAAACGGGCCUGGUGACCACAGCGUGGGACCGGCUUUACUUCUUCACCCAGGGCGGGAACCUGAUGUGCCAGCCCCGCGGCGCUGUGGCAGGGGGCAUGAUCCUGGACCUGGACAACAGCUCAGUGAUGGCAGUGGAGUGUGAGGACAGGCGAUACUGUUUUCAGAUCACGUCUCCCACCGGCAAAACGUCAAUAAUUCUUCAGGCAGAAAGCAAAAAAGAAUAUGAGGAGUGGAUUUGCACUCUGAACAACAUAUCCCGACAGAUCUACCUGACUGACAACCCUGAGGCAGUCGCUAUCAGGUUAAACCAGACGGCCAUCGAGGCGGUCACUCCCGUCACUAGCUUUGAAAAGCGACUGGAAGGCUCACCCAACCCUGACAGAGCAAAACCGGGUGGGGCACAGUUUUCCAUUGAGACCCCCCAGAAGCCCUCUCAUACCCCUGAACCGGAGGAUCUCAUUAUCCCUGGGACCCCCAUCCAGUUUGACAUCAUGCUUCCCGCCACCGAAUUCCAGGACCAGAACAGGACUGGAGGAAGGCGCACAAAUCCUUUUGGGGAGACGGAGGAGGACUGCUGUCCUGAUACAGAUGACCCUCUGCUGCAGCAGGUGUUCACCGUGCGGUUCCUGGGCUCCAUGGCCGUGCGCGCGGGACGCACUCGGGAGGUGAUCUACGAGGCCGCGCGGCAGGUGCUGGCCGCACGCGCCAUACACAACAUCUUCCGCACCACGGAGGCCCACCUCAUGGUGACCAGCAGCUGCCUGAGGUUGAUUGACCCUCAGACACAAGUUACAAGAAUAAGUUUCCAGCUUCAGGACGUGACCAAGUUUGCGGCCCACCAGGAGAACGGCCGGCUGAUGGGCUUCGUGGUCGAGGGGCGAGAAUGGGCCGGGGGAACAGUGGAGGGCGAGCCCUCCUUCAGCGCCUUCAUUUUUGAGAGCAACACUGAGGGGGAGAAGAUAUGCUACACUAUAAAUUUGGGGAAGGAGAUUAUUGAAGCAAAAAAGGACCCAGAUGCCCUGGCUCAGCUGAUGAAGUCAAUGCCUUUGACCAAGGACGGGAAGUUCCGGCUGCUGGAGACAGAUGAGGAAGAAGACAAAGGAAAGCAGGAGGAUUUGGAAUCAGAGGCCUAACUAGACCGGACCAGACCAGACCAGACCAGAAGCAAAGAAGGGUCCCCUCACACUGGCCCACUUCAAAAGGUUCCAAAAUUUGAUGCAAUUCUUCCCAUUUGUAGGUACAGAAGAUCAACUCCAUGAUAUCCUAUGGACAGGCAAUGAAAACUAUAUACAUUUUUGGGUUACAGAAGCCCUUAUUCUGGGUUAAGCCUUUAUCAUUGUACUGUUUUUCGAUUCCACUCACAGCAGAUGGUCAUUCUUAAAAUGUACUCAUGAAUGUGGUUAACAAAUGUGUGUGGCAGCCUCUAAAAAUGCAAUAAUCAGCGUCAUCUUAUAGCAAACCUCACAUAAAAACAGAUUACAAUUUCCUCAAAUCCUCAAAUCGGAUUUCCUGAACCCCAGACAGUAUAGAU